CAGGAACUAAAAUGGGUUUGUUCCUUGUGGAGUUUGCUUUUCUGGUACUGUUGACGGGAUCACAGGAGAUGUCUGCAACGUGCAUGGAACGGGAAGAGCAUAUACAGCGCUAUUUAAUUUCAUCCCAGCCGCCGUAUGAUAACUACUAUAAUAUUUCUAAGGCUGUUUAUCCAUCUGUGGAUUUGCCGUCUUUGCUGAUCAAGAUCACCGUUACGUUCCUACAUGGCAGCGACAAUCUCACUCAUUUAGCCGGAUCGUCCCGAUCUCCGAUCAGUGGUAGUACUUCCAAUAUCUCACAGACAGGGGAAAAUGUGCGCGAAACUAUAGAAACGAAGAUCACGACAUACAAGUUCACGUGGAGUGCAUCCUGUUUGUAUGUUAGUGGAGGAAGCAUAAGCUUGGCUUCCAUGAAUGCGUUUUCUUUGUGGGCUAUUUAUCCAAACAGACGAGAAGGACAGCUGCACCUAACAUUGCCACAGUUCUGCAGGGGAUUUUCUGCUGACAGCAUGAUCUACUUCCUUUCUACGGUAGGACUUUUAGCCAUUUCAUUAUUAUUGUUAACUUAUCAUCAUCAUCAUCAUCAUCAUUCUGAUCCUCAUCCUCAUCAUCAUCAUCAUCAUCAUCAAGGGCGGGAGGAACAUACUGAGGUGCAAUCAAGAAAGUAGUGAUUCCCCCUUUUGUUUUAACUGAUUUUCUUCUGCAUUUCCCUGGAGUAUUCUCCUGGAGAUGGUGAUAAGAUAUCUUUCUCCUCACCUGACCCCUGUCUAGCUAACUUGCCUUCUCAAAAAUAGCUGAUACAGUUAUAGCUUACACUUCCAAAUUUUUCAGUUCAUAAUUAACAAUUAUUGGACGAGGUUGAGCAAAAUAUCAUGAUUUGUCAAUCAUGAGCAGAUGAAUAGACCAUUUUACUGUUAUGAGCUAAGUACCCUAGCCUCUGAGAAAAUGUGAGGCUGAGGUUGACCUUUGUUUUGAUACAAAUCUCUUUUCUUUUGUUAUGAAAAUUAUGCUAAGAAUACUAGUUAGCAAAAGAACAAAUUAGCUUACAUAAUAAAGGAGGAAGGGUUAUGGUCAACUCCAGCCUCAUUUCCACCUGUAUUGCAACUGUAAAAUGGACUGUUGUUUGCCGAAAACCAAAGGCUGGGGCAAAUAAUUGAUCUGCGAGACACUGACAAAUCAUUAUAUUUUUCGAUAACUAAGUUCAAUAUUGUUUUAUCAUUCAGUGACCAAGUUUGUUUUUUGAUAAAUAUCUUCGGGAAGCUGCCAUUUUCACAAAAGAGCGACCGCAAAAAAGAGAAAAGGGUCAGGUUUCUUUCAUGCAUGAGCAGAAUAUUAUUUGCAGCCAAACACAGUAGGAUGACAUAAUUGCACAUGAGCAGACCUUUAUUUGUAGGCAGUUAUUCGUACGUCACGUUGUGGGCUCUCGGCCAAUGAAAAGGGAGAAAAUUUGCUUUGAAUGAUAAUGUAAUUAAUAUUAUGCAUUUUCAAAUCAUAAAUUUGUCUCAGUAAAUGCCUUUAAAAAACAAAAUGAUUACUAAAAUAUUAGUGGCACUGGUGUUCUUUGUCUGGGAACAUAGAAUAUUGAGCCUCUCUAUGUGUACCAAUGGAUGUCGUUUUCAUUGCACGGCCAAUCAGAAGCAGCUUUUCCCAGAUCUGGGUUAUGACAUGUCAUCAGUAAGAAAUUUCUGUUGUUGUUCCUCAGACGUCAUUUCACAAGGAAACCAGUGGUGGGGUCCUGACAAUAGAGAGAAAAACGAGUUUAGCCUUGUGCUAAGAGCGUCUGUUGGAAAGAGUCAUACAAGGGAGAGAUGGUCUCUCUCUCACACACACACACACUCCAGGGGAUGAUUGAGAGAGAACCAGAGAAUUCUAGAAAUUAAGAGAAUUCUGUGCUGACUUAUUCCCUGCUCACAGAUGUCCUUCCGCUAUAAAGUUUAAAAUAAGACUAGAAUGCGCGAGCGUGAAUUGAUC